UUAAAUUCUCUACAGAGUUACCACAUUAUAGACGAAGAUGGCGAGAAAUAUGCUAAAGCUGUACCUGAAAUUUGGAGGAGGACUCAUCCAGUCUGUUUGUGUAUGUCUAAUGUUAUUUGUCAUAAUAUUAACUGUAAAUGACACUACAAGAUUAGCGAGACUUGCUGCGGAGGUACAUAACCUCCCCUGUUGUAAACGUAAUGACAUACGUAGGUCGUAUAUUUUAAGUAAAAACAAUUCCGGCUUCAAUCAUGUAAGCGCCGAACAAACACGAAGUAACCAAACCCUAAGUACCAAAAAUACUUCAAAUUCUUUUAACGAAACACACGCACGAAAAGAUAAAUAUUUGGACUGGAUUCCAUAUCCACAACAAAAGCUUGUUCCACUAUCAGACAAUCCUUAUGUGAUUUCAAACAGUGAUAUUUGCAGAAAAAUCAAUCAUGUAGACGUUAUUGUUCUAAUACAUUCAGCUACUGAAAAUUUUAAAAGGAGACAAGGCAUAAGAAAUACAUGGGGAAACGUCACUGCACUAAAACAUAAGAAUUUGAAAAUUGUUUUUAUAUUAGGUUUGACUGAAAACAAGAUACAAAUGGCAAUAGAACGUGAAAAUGACAAAUAUAGAGAUAUAAUACAAGGAAGAUUUAUCGAUACCUAUCAGAAUUUGACGCAUAAGGCUGUGCUUGGAUUACGCUGGGUGAGAGACUUUUGCUUAGGUGAAAGCCGGGUUUUAAAAGUGGACGACGAUGUGUUUAUAAACACUUUUAAACUGUUUUCCAGCUUUCACAAGACAUUUGAUAACAUAGAAAAUAUCAUAUAUUGUGAGCGACAAGGUGCAAACACUAGUGUCAUUCAAAGGAACGAAGACAGUAAGUGGAAAGUUAAUGAGAAAGAAUUAGAGCACUUUAGUUAUUUUCCUUUGAACUAUUGUCACGGUUUCUUCAUUUCCAUGACAACAAAGAUGGCUUCAGAAUUAUAUGAAGCUGCUCGUGAUAUGCCAUUCUUCUGGAUAGAUGAUUUCUUUGUGUAUGGAUUGUUAACUGAUAAAAUCGGUGUUAAUAGAAACCUCUAUGAUAUGCAUGAUUUAUUGUCACUGCACACGUAUAAUUCUUUAGACUGCUUUGGGUCAGAAACCACGCGAUGCAAUCUUCUUGUUGGUAAUGCUCCGAGUUUAGAAUUUAUGCAGUUGAUGUGGAAGAAAAUGUUGAAUCAAAAUGAUGUUGUACCUGCUGUUUGAAAAACUUAUUUUCGAACGUGCGUUUAUUUUUAUUCUAACUUCGAAAUGUGAUCAGCUAUUUAGCCCAAUGCAAAGUGUUAUAAAGUCUUAGAAAAUGCACAACAAAGAAGAAGAAGAAGAAGAUGGUAAUCAAGAAGGAGAAGAAAUGAACAUCGAGACGUAACAAGAAAAGAGUAGUCUCAGAACAUAUGAAGAAGAAAAAAGACAUUUGAGUAUACAUGCAAUUAACAAAAUUGUUUUAGCAAAAUCGUUGUUUAUUUUUCAAAUGAAAAUAUUGUUGAUGCUUGAAAAUUAAAAUAUACAUGUAUAUAAUUAAAGAGAAAUUAUCGAUUUUAUAUCACCUCUUAAUGUUUAGAAAUAUAGUAUCAAUGGUCAAUCGUCGGCAUUUAUAUCAUAAAAUAUGACCGUAUCUACUUCCUGAUUCAUAGUGUGAAUGUCAUUUGAAUAAGAAAUAGAAGUAAAGAAUACAGU